UCCCGGCUCCUCAGCCCCUCUCUUCACAAUAUUUGAUUAGGAAUUUGGGGGCGGGACCCUGGUCUGGCACACACACGCACACUCUCAGUAGACACUCUCACUCCUCUCUCUCUCUCUUUCUCUCUCUCUCACACGUUCUCCAACCCAAAGAGGCCAGACAGAGGGACGUGGUCACUCUCUGAAAGGUUCAACUUGAGAGACAAAAUGCAGUGGGCCUCCCUCCUGCUGCUGGUAGGGCUCUGCUCGGUGUCCUGGGCCCAGUAUGACGAGGACCCUCACUGGUGGUUCCAGUACCUUCGCAGCCAGCAGUCCACCUACGACGAUCCCUAUGACCCUUACCCAUAUGAGCCCUACGAGCACUACCCCUACGGCGUGGAGGAGGGUCCAGCCUAUGCCUAUGGCUCUCCAUCCCCCCCAGAGCCCCGCGACUGCCCCCAGGAGUGCGACUGCCCCCCCAACUUCCCCACGGCCAUGUACUGUGACAACCGCAACCUCAAGUACCUGCCCUUCGUCCCCUCCCGCAUGAAGUACGUCUACUUCCAGAACAACCAGAUCUCCUCCAUCCAGGAGGGCGUCUUUGACAACGCCACCGGGCUGCUCUGGAUUGCUCUCCAUGGCAACCAGAUCACCAGCGACAAAGUGGGCAGGAAGAUCUUCUCCAAGCUGAGGCACCUGGAGAGGCUGUACCUGGACCACAACAACCUGACCCGGAUGCCGGGUCCGCUGCCUCGGUCCCUGAGAGAGCUCCACCUCAACCACAACCAGAUCUCACGGGUGCCCAACAACGCGCUGGAGGGGCUGGAGAACCUCACGGCCCUGUACCUGCAACACAACGAGAUCCAGGACGUGGGCAAUGCCAUGAGGGGCCUCCGCUCCCUGAUCCUGCUGGACCUGAGCUACAACCACCUGCGGAGGGUACCCGACGGGCUGCCCUCGGCCCUGGAGCAGCUCUACCUGGAGCACAACAACGUCUACACCGUCCCCGACAGCUACUUCCGGGGGUCGCCCAAGCUGCUGUAUGUGCGCCUGUCCCAUAACAGCCUCACCAACAACGGCCUGGCCUCCAACGCCUUCAAUUCCAGCAGCCUCCUUGAGCUCGACCUCUCCUACAACCAACUGCAGAAGAUCCCCCCCGUCAACACCAACCUGGAGAACCUCUACCUUCAAGGCAACCGGAUCAAUGAGUUCUCCAUCAGCAGCUUCUGCACCGUCGUGGACGUCAUGAACUUCUCCAAGCUGCAGGUGCUGCGCCUGGACGGGAACGAGAUCAAGCGCAGCGCGAUGCCGGCGGACGCCCCCCUCUGCCUGCGCCUGGCCAGCCUCAUCGAGAUCUGAGCGGCCCUCGCACUGGGCGCUGGGCUGAGAGCCCCCACUGCAUUUGGCUUGAUGGUUUGGUUUGGCUUUUGCUGGCAGGUCUGGGACAGACCAGGUGACAGAGGUCCACAGUUCCCUCUUCAGUCUUUUCCCUGUAGGCAGGGUUGGGGUGGGAGGUAGGGCUAAGCAGCCUUCUGCUGAAGACAUAGGCCGACGUUUUCUCUUCCCCAGGGUCAAAAGGGGUGGCAGAGGGAGCAGUCCCCGGAUGUCCCAGCCCCAGAAAUCUCUCCUUUUAACUUCUGAUGAUCUGACGUCAUGGAACUUCAAGAGUGUCUUGGGCAAUAACACUUUCCAACAGCCCUGGCUCUCUGACAGCUCUCCCUGCAUGCUGAGUGGGUCAUGUACUUACUCUGGGCUCUGCUUUGUUGCUCCUCAAAACAUACCUUCUCCUAAACCCACGCCAUCCAUUCAACCUUCCUCUACAGGUGGCUCUUUCCACUCUAGGCAGUCAGGAUUUGCAGAGACAGGCCAGCACCUGCCCAGCCACCUGCAGAGAACCUACCCUUUUGUCUGAGGUUGAACAGAUACAAGAGCCGCCUCUACCACCCUCACAAAGCUCACCCCUUGAAAGCCUCCAGACUGGGGGUACCAGCAGGAAGAUCAUAUUCAUAGCCUGAUGCAGGUGCAGACAGCCAAGGCUUAGGUAAAUGCUCGGGGCUGUGAUCUCGCAGCCAGGCAAAAGAUGUGUCAGACUUCAGAGGAAGAAAGGCCAGACUUUGCUUAUGGCCAGCAAGCCUAACAGGCCCGCAUGCCUCAGACGGGCUCCACGAGGAAGCAGUCCCAGCUGUGCCACUCCUGACCAAAGCUCUCUGCAUUCACAAAAGCACCUCGCUCGGAUAUUAUCCCCAAAGGUGGAGGCCAUGUGGUUUCCAAAGCUUGAGAAAGACAGUUUGUCCUCUUCCUUUAUCCAAGCAGGAGGCUGCUAUGUCCUGGCGGGAGAGGCAAACUCCAGCCAGCCCUGGACAUCCCUAGGAUGAUUAUGCCAUAUUAAAUGACUCUUCUUAAGGUCAGAGAUUAAUGCGCUAGCUCUGGCCAGAGCUGCCCAUUGGCGUCCAUGAAGCCCAGGCCAUGCAUCCAAAUCUGGCUUCGCUGGGCAUGAAACCCUCUGCUUCCACACCUCCCCGCCUCUCCCCAUUGCUGAAGGGGCCUGUUGCUUCAUAGCUUGGCUGCAGAGCAGUGAGUCCUGCCUACUUCCGAGAGGCAGUGUUACCCGGGGGCCUAACCUUCCAGCUGUUUGGGGUGUGUUGGAAUGGAGCCAUCCAGGUAGCCAGGGACAAGGCCUGUGGAGGAGAGUUAGCAUGGUCUGGUCCCUGCCAGAGGCCAUUACAUCCCCAAUACCUCGCAUAUUUCAGAGCAGCUUCCCCUGGGGAAGGGACGGAGAGGGAGUCCUUGGACUAUGUUCUGGGCCCCAGACUCUGAAAUCCACAAAAGCCAAACCAGCUCAUUUCAACAAAGGAGCUCUGAUGAGGGGCAAGGCUGUCCCGUCCCAAGGCCCUCCAGACAGCAUCUGCAUGUGAAUGCCAUCAUGCCUCUAUAAAGGUCCUGAUUACAGGAAAGCAUGAGUGGUGGCUCACCUGACCAAUAAAGUUAUUCUACGGUUGCAUC